ACUAACACACUUCAUCUAUGUUCUAGAUAUAUGGCUUUAAAAUUCAGAUACACUUAAUUUUCAGAAUGAUUCAAUUAUGAAGAAUGUAGAAGUUAAAGAAGAUAAUGCAUGAUAUUACUUACAGUAUGCUGUAGAAGACUCUUUUUUCACAUUUCUGUUUUCCAAAUGACAGUUGGGGAAAGGACAAAGUAAACCAAUCUUCUUCACCAACUACCUUUGGCGCCAAAAGUAACAAACCCAUUGGUCCUUUAUUGCCAGCAUUUCCUCCAGGACUGAACAAUUGAAGAUGACAUGAAGACAAUGAAUGCUAUGCUUUUCCAAUGUCUUCCAUAUUAUUCACCCAUCCAUUCAUUUCCUAACACCAUUUCAUGGCACUUUGUGGGCCUUGAAUCCUGCCUACCCUCCAAAAACCAAUAACUUCUUCUCCUUUUACACCAACCAUAGUUGUGGUCUUUCAAGCUCAGGCUAUUCCAAUGGCGGAGCGCAAUCGUCGUGCUGCCUCUUUCGUGCUUCCUCGUUCUCUAAGCCCCACACCAGCUACAGUUACCAUGGGGAGUAAAUCAGACAGGCAUUCCCGAUCUCGCCGGAUGUCAUUGUCUCCAUGGCGGUCCCGUCCGAAAACAACUGAAGACACCACUGAUCACCACCAUUUCCGGCGGGCUUCUUCUCCGGCUGAACCUGUUGUUACAGAGAAGAAAAGCUUAUGGAGUUGGAAGGUGAUGCGUGCUCUGUCGCGCAUUGGAAUGCGCCGAGUUUGCUGCCUUUUCUCCAUAGAAGUCAUCACCAUCCAGAACCUCCCUGUAUCUAUGAAUGGACUCAGGCUUGCCAUUGCUGUCCGCAAGAAGGAGAGCAAGGAUGGAUGUGUGAGAACAAUGCCAGUUCGGGUCCUACAGAGGUCCGUUGACUUUGAGGAAACCUUGUUUAUCCGGUGCCACAUCUACUGCACUGGUGGCAUAGGCACAGGGAAGCCACUCAAGCUUGAGCCACGGCAGUUUGUCAUCUCCGCGGAGGCCGUUGAUGCACCUGAGCUUGAUCUUGGAAAGAGUAAUGUUGAUUUGAGUGAUUUGGUGAAGGAGUCCAUUGAAAGGAGCUUGGAAGGUGAUCCAGUCCGGCAGUGGGAUGCUGUUCUGAAGUUGUCAGGGAAAGCAAAGGGAGCAGAUUUAGUGCUGAAGUUGGGGUUUCAGAUCAUGGAGGAUGGAGGGAUUACCAUUUACAGCAAGCCUGAGGAGACUAAACUUGUCGAUAAAGGGAGUAUUUCUUCUUCUUCUUCCUACUCAUGGAGGCAAUCCAAGUCAUCUUUUAGCAUAGCAAGCAUACAAAGCAUGAGACUGGAAUCAUCUCACACACCUUCCAGUGAGGUUCUAGAAAUCGAUAUUGAUGACUUCUACAGCACUCCAUUUACUCAGAAAUCUGAAACAGAGUUGAAGGUAGAUGAUUUGGACUGCCCUGAGUUUGAAGUGGUUGAGAAGGGAAUCGAAAUUCAGACAGCCGAACCGAAGAAGGCAUUGACAUUUUGCAAGAACGAGGCUGUUGAGAUAAUGAUGACCAGAGAAGCAACUGAAUCUGCAUUGGAUGUUCAGGAAGAGUUAGUGACAAAAGAGUUCCUUCAAAGGUUCAAUUUAGACAGUAGUGAACAAAAAACAGAGAAAGCCAGUGAUCUUGCUACUCCAUUGAAAUCAGAUGCUGCAACAAAUCAAGUUAAAGAAAGUGAAUCAAUGGUUUUUCUUUCAGAACUUGGACAGGGUUUGGGAAGUGUGAUUCAAACACGAGAUGGAGGCUACUUGGCUUCUUUAAAUCCCUUUGGUGUGGAAGUAUCAAGAAAAGAGGUACCUAAACUAGCCAUUCAAAUCUCAAGACCAUUUAUACUCUAUGACCAUGGACUCAAAAGUGGACUUGAGCUGUUCCGGAGAAUGGCAGCCAUGGGUUCGGAGAAGCUAAUAUCAGAAUUACUCUCAUUGGCCGCUUUGGAUGAGCUGAUGGGCAAAACUGCAGAGCAAAUUGCAUUUGAGGGCAUUGCGUCGGCUAUAAUGAACGGGAGGAGCAAGGAGGGAGCAAGUUCUAGUGCAGCAAGAUCAAUUGCAAUCACUAAAGAAAUGGCAAAGGCGAUGAAUGAGGGAAAACGAGAAAGAAUUUUGACAGGGGUUUGGAGUGUGGACACGAAACCCAUCAAAAUUGAGGAUCUACUGACAUUUUCAUUGCAGAAGAUUGAGACCAUGGCAGUGGAAGCUCUAAAAAUCCAGGCAGAGAUGGCUGAUGAAGAAGCUCCAUUUGAUGUUUCUCCACUAACAAGUGAAGAAAGUACACGGAAUCCCCUAAGCCUUUUUGCUCCACUUGAGGAAGCAGAAAAGACCGGCAAGAUAGUUACUAAUGUUAUGUUACUAGUAGUGGCUCAGCUGAGGGAUCCAGUGAGGCAAUAUGAGGCAGUUGGGGCUCCUGUCACUGCAGUGGUGCAGGCAACACAAGUAGAAAGUAGAGAGGAAAAUGAGGAUGUGGGGUUUAAGGUCACCGGUUUGCAUAUUGGAGGGUUGACAAUGUUAUCAAGUGGACUGAAGGGUACUUGGGACAGUGAGAAACAGAGAUUGACUGCUACACAAUGGCUAAGCACUUACGGAUUAGGAAAGGCAGGGAAGAAGCAGAACAAGCCAGCACAAUUGAAAGGUGGACAAGAUCUGCUAUGGAGUGUAUCAUCACGAGUGAUGGCAGAUUUAUGGCUCAAGCACAUCCGGAACCCGGAUGUGAAGAUCGCCUACAAGUAGUUGGUCAGGUGAUGCAAUCUGCCAUAUGUGGCUGAUCUGUGCAUAAAUAAGGGUGUUUCAAGCAUUUCUUAGUGCAUUCCUUGUCUUUUUGGCAUUCAAAUGAAUUAAUAAAGAGUUUGUUGUCUAA